AUGAGUGUGGUGCACGGCGCUUGCAAGCAGGUGGCUGGCCACCUUCAGACCGCCGAGCAGUCCUUGGGCCUGCUGGACGCGGCCAACCGCUCCACCGAAGCCUCGCUCGCAGAGGUGGGUGCUAAGCUGGCCAGCGUUGAGCGAUCCUUGCAGCUCGCAGCUGCUGGAAAGCUUCCGACUGGGAGCCUCAAUUAUUCCCCCGCCACCACGGCACGCUCUGAGGGCUCAGACACCCGACGCUCCAUGGGCAUCGAGCGACCAAAGCCACGCGUGGUGGUAGCACUACCACGGCUGGCCCGCCGCAGCUGA